AGCAGGCUGCCGGAAGUGGGAUACGAAGAAUACCAACCCCUUUCGGUUGUUCACAUAUCGUUUAUUAAUUAUGUACAAAACGGUACGAAAAGGCGAUGCCAGUCUGCAGUACACAAUUGUACCGCAAACGGAUCAGUUUUCGUCUGAGUUCCCUCAGACGUCGGAAAAAUCUAGCCCGAGGGUGAUCAAGUAUACCAUAGCCACUUUGCUCAUCCUGAUCAUCCUGUCCUGCGUGGCGACCCCGUUUCUCAUAAGUCAGAAUGAUCAGAGCCUGUUCGCGGGCACUGUGCUCGCGAUGGGUCGGGUCGGGCACGACACAAUAGAGAGAAACUCGUCGAGGAGUCAGGGGAAAGAGAUCGGCGUGAACAAAAGCAAAAGCAGGCUUCCGAUCACCGCCACCACCACCGCCACCACCACGCUCCCAUCGACGGAAGCUUACAGGAAACAGGAUGUCGAGGACGAGAUGACUACGGGAGCGUUGAAUGGCGACGAACAAGAGUCGGAGGAGUUCGCUACCACGGAUUCCACGACAAGUAGCACGCAGCGUCAAGAAAGCAGCACGGAAUCGUCGACGAGUACUCGACAGACGUCCACCUCCGCGAUAUUCACGUCCACGAUGAGCCCGUCGUCGACUCUGUCAUCGACAUCGUCGACCGGUUCGAAAACAUGGACGAGCACGACGAGCGAGGUGGCCAAGACGUCUUCGAACGCGUCGAGAAAGGCGAAGAUGCCGAGGGUGACCUUGAAGCUGAGAGAGAACGAGACGAUACCGCAGAUGUACAUGAAGGCGGGGAUAGCGUCGUACAAGAAAGGAAACAUCACGACUAGCGUGCUGGCCCACGGCCUAAGCCUGGAAGGGUUGAUCUUCAAGACGCCGGAGGGUACGAUAAACCCGUGGCCGCAGAAGUGGUUCUUCACCGAUCCCUCGUCCGACUUCCAAUGGAAGGUACAGUCAUCUUCGCAAGGGUUAAACCAAAUGCCGAUAAGGAUUUACAUAGUCCUGGCUGUGUUCGCGGCCUUGGCAAGCGUCAGCAUCUCCCUUCUACUGUACGUGCAACGAAAGGCUACAAGACGCCAGCGUCAGAGUGUGGAGGAACCGGAAGUGGAGGGCCACGAGGAAGACAAAUCGACUCUGCUGGGCGCCGAGAGCCAGGAAACCGAGGAGAAAGAGUAAUCGUGAUUUCCAUCACGGGGAGAGAGCCACGUAGCUCGUAAGACUCGCAUAUUUUUACAACACGUACAUGCGUCACUUUAGAUUUAGAUAAUCUCGCGUGAAACACUGGAUGAUCAUGGAGGGGGUAUGUAAUAUUUUCCGACUUCGAUUGAUCGAGUGUGGGAGGCUCCGUUUUUUAAAGGAAUUGAAAUAAUUAUUAUUGCCCAACUAUGGAGAAAAACACCUAAUCCACAUCUAAUUCUGACGAAUCAACGUAAAUUUUCAGUUUGUUUCUUAAGUUCUUGGAAUGAAUAUAUGCGUGAAAAGUUUUUAGAAAUUGGUGGUAAUUUAGAAUAAUUUUGUGAUAAUUAAGCGAUACUGUAUUUUACAAUACAGUUACUUUUUAUUUUAUUUAUGUUUUAUUCGUUAGAUUAUUUCACAUUACUAUCUUCUUCAAUAAGGCAAUAUUCCUUUUAUUUUACGUCUUGUGCGUACGUAGUUGUCGUGAAAAAUCAAUUUCGAUUAUAGUUUCAGAGACAUAUAUGCUAAACUUAUGUGUUGUUUUAAUCCUUACGAGGGUUUUUUUGAUACGAACAUUUGUUAUUAAUAUUUGACAGUUUUGAAAAAUAUCGUGUAAUAUUUAAUUCUCACAAGGAUAUUUGAUAGAUCAAAGUAUUAAUAAUUCUUUGUUAUUAAUAUUUUGAUUUUUGAUAUAUUUCCAAUAAUCAAUUCCAAGGACAAAUUGCUUUCAAUUUAAUCAUUCCAAAAUAUACUUGAGAUCUUUUAUUUAUAAUCAUCGAAAGAUUUCAUCGUGUUCGAAAAUUAAUUCAAUGAUUUCGAUCUUCUACGCGAGGAAUCAGACUCAAUUUCUUCAGUCGAUACAUUCAAUCAAGAAGGAGAAGAUCGAAAAGAUAAUCGACUGUAGAUGCAUGGAAAUUUUCGACGACAAAUGUUCUUCUUUCAAAUGCGAUUGAGAUAUGCAGACGACUGAAUGGAAUAACGUGGCGUGGUCACAUUUUUCACUUAUUAUUGUGCUGACGCGUUGUGGUCCGAUUAAUUUCCAUUAUAUAUUAAUAUUAAACGCUAUUUGUUUAAAAUGAUUGUGAUUUCUUUGUAUUCUAAUAUCUAAUUAUUUGCAACUUACUUUAUAACAUUAUGUAUUAUCUAUUGCAUUUUUAUAAUCAAAUUUAAAACUAUACGUAUAUUUCUUAUAUUAUUAAUAUAAAUAGACCCAAAUUUAAGUUUUUACGAAUGGUUAUAUUUAUUUAAAAAAGAAUUAUAUUUUUUAAUUAUUUAAAAAAGAAAUUUGGAAGAUUGAAUUGAUAUUCCAUCGGACCAUGACGUAUUACACACACAUUUUUUUUGAAACAUUACGAUUAAAUCUCUAUCAACAAAGUUUAAGAGAUAAAAUGUAAAAUUUCUUUCUCAAAAGAAGAAAAAAAAAAGAGAUUCCUUUCGAUUAUCACUAUAUAGAUAUUCACUGGCUGUUUAAUAGUUUAAUAGUGAAUUGCACGAGAUUCAUAUUUCUUGAUGUCAGAAAGUUCUAAUGAUUUUUUAAUGUUUUAUAAAAUAUCUUGCAUAUCUCUGCUGAAGAUCAUAGAUUUAUCAAAAAAUUUCGAAACUCUUUGCUACAAACAUAUGUAUGAAGAAAUAAAUCUAUACAUAUGAGUAAGUAAAACAAAGC